UUCUGUGUUAUACAACACUGGUAUGCACAAGUUCAACAGCUGUUUUUGUGUUUGUUUUUAUUUUGUUGCCAUUGCGUCGUGAAAUUAACUUGACAAAAUUAAAUCGAUUUAAUAUUCAAUCAGUGCAUGAAGAUCUAUUUAAAAAUAAAUUACAUCUGUUAUGUCUUGGUCAAACGGUCUAAUAAAGGAAAUUCUAAAUCCGAAAAACUAUAUUAUUUCAUCGGAACUCGGCGUGGUCAUUGCGGACAAGUUUCCGAAGGCGCAGCAUCACUACUUGGUGCUGCCAUUGGCCGAUAUUCCCAGCAUCUUUCAGUUGAAUCGAAGUCAUCUGCCCCUGUUGGAGGAACUGCAUCUGCUGGCCAGGAACGUGGUUGAGGUGAAGGGUGUCCCCUGGACGAACUUCCAGGUGGGGUUCCAUGCAGAGCCUAGCAUGCAAAGGCUUCACUUGCACGUCAUCUCUAAGGAUUUUGUGUCGCCAACCCUGAAGACAAAGAAGCACUGGAACUCUUUCAACACGGAGCUUUUUGUGCCCUACGAAAAACUCUACGCUGUGCUAGAGAAGGAAAACAGCUUUUCACGCCUGGAAAAGUCACUGAGAGACGAGCUGCUGAAUAAGCCUCUGCUUUGCAAUCAGUGCGAAUUUGUGGGGAAAAACUUGCCAACACUUAAGGAACAUCUGCUGCAGCACCUCCAAGAUUCAAAGGGAACCACUAGUAAUAAAAUGGAGAAAAACGAGAAAGACAAGAAAGCAUUUUUUCGCGAUGAGCUGAAGCGUAAGUUGAAGGAUAAAAGGAACUUUCUCAUCGAAACCGAUCGAGCGGUAGUUAUUAAGGCCGAUUUUCCAAAAUCGCAAUACCACUUCCGUGUAGUGGCUAAAGAGGAAAUCAGAGAUAUAACUCAGUUGACAGAGGAGCACUUGCCCUUGUUGGAUCACAUGAUGGAGCUAGCCAACCAGAUCAUCGAGCAGCAGGAUUACCUAGAGUCGCGAAACUUUCGCAUUGGGUUCAAGGUGCACGCCUUCUGGAAUAGCCUUAAUUUGCACGUUAUCUCGGAUGAUUUCUACUCGAUGGGCAUGAAAAGGAUACGUCACUGGAAUAGUUUCAACACAGAGCUCUUCAUACCCUUUCAAAUGGUCCACACGUUGGUGAGUCUUCAGGGCUCCAUUGAACCCAUCACGGAUGAGAAGUACAAUGAGCUGGUGAACCAAAAGCCGCUCGUGUGCAAUCAGUGCGAAUUUUCCACUGAAUUGCUGCUGGAUCUGAAGGCACAUUUAUACCAUCACUGGAUGCGCAAGGAAGGCGAGCGGGAGCAGAAGAAAAAAAUGGGAAAAAUAGUUCGUAUGUUGGAUGAGGCAAAGCUAAGUGAUGAUGAACAAGCGGUGGCCAAAUUGGAUGAUGAAGCGGCUAAGCCGCCAAAAAUGGCUGAGACUAAAGCCGGAACCUACUCAAAACAUCAUGGUGCAGUUCCAGCAAGAAAAGGUAACGGAAACUUAAUGUACGGACCUCCGGUCAACAUGAUGAAUCAGCUUAAUCCCAACAAUCCGUUCCGGAAUACGCCGCCCCUUAACAUCAACUCUUUGAAUCCGGCGCCUCGACAUAACUUCAAUUACAGACCAUCAAAUUGUAGUCCGAAUAGGAUGCCUGGCCCCCAUGGACCCCAGGCGCACUUUAAUAGACCAUGCUUUCCGCCAAAUCCAAAUUGGAAUCAAUAUUCGGGAUUCAAUAUGUAUGCCACAGGUCCACCUAUAAACCAGCUGGGUCAUCCUCAGCCAAUGUGUGCACAGGGAUAUGGUCCAACUGGUCCACCCAAUUCAGUCAGACCGAAAUGGGUACAAAAGUCGAAGCAAAACAACAACUUUCCUAACACUAACAACCAGAAUCCAAACAAGGCUGAACAGAAACCCAAUCUACAGAAUCUGAAUCAACAAAUUCCUCGGCAGCAGAAACCGCCUAAUCAGCAUCCAACUCAAAAUGCACGCCCCAAUCAGCAGAAUCGUCAGAACUCGAAUCAAAACAAUCGUCAAAAUCCACAGAAUCAACAAAAUACCCAAAACCCCAAUAAGCAAAAAUACUAUAAGAAGCCGGCAAACCAAAAGCAAGGAACUCAAGCUCCACCACCUACUUCCAAUGCCAAACCGACUGGGGGCUCCUAAACAGCAAUUCAACGAAUAGAAUUUCUUUAUUUUUUUAAAUUAAAAUGUUAUAUUAAAGAAAUAAGUUUAGA